CCGCUAUACAAUGUACGGUGCUGUGCUUCUUGAGCUUCGAGAAAGCAGCGGCACUCAUGGGAGGACCAGUGCCUUCUCAAAACAUCUGAUCGGAGGGCGUGUCAGAUCCCCAGCGAUCAGAUACAUCAUCAGUAUAAAAAUCUGGGAAAACCCUUUUAAGGAAAAAGUCAACGCAGAUGUGAACAAGCCCAUACAUAUUUAUGCCUAAGAGUAAGGCCACUUCCUGUCCUGAUGGAAACAUCCAUAACAUGUUCAAAAUGAACAAUCGUUGGUCCGGUGAUAUGUGUAAAAUGGACCUACAGAUUCCAAAAGUAAGUAAAAAAAAAAACUUUAAAAAAAACAACUAAUUUGUCAAUCCAAAAUGUACUCAUACCAGACAGGUCAAGACGAUUUUCCUACUAGAUAUUGUAUAUUUCUUGUUUCUUUGUAAUGAAUAGACAGUAAAUGCAUAAUUUUAUUAGUGCUUUAUAAAAAAAUAUAUAUAUUUAAAAUGAACAUCUAUAAACACAUUCUGGGCAAAAAAAACACCUAGAUUGUUAAUCCAAUCAUUUAAUUUAUACAGUACCCUAAACUACUGUAUUAAGACUAUUGGUCAUUUGGCAUUGAUUUGUUUGAUUACAAUCCAGCACAAGUUGUGACACUUCCUAAAUCUCUGGAGCCAUUUCACUACUGUUGGAUUACUACGAAAGAAACUAAAAGAGUAGCAAAAUAGAAUUAUGCUGGAUUUGCACAAAAAAUGUAAUCUGCCGAGUUGAUGAGGAAAUCCUACCGUGACAGCUGCUUGAACUGGACUGUAAGUCUGUGAAAUUGGUGACCGCUAUGGCUGCAGGGGAUGGAUUUAUGAUACCAAGCUGUGCGCGGCAGUACAGUCAGAAUGGAAGACGGCGUGAAUACAGUCAGAGUGGAAGACAAUGUGAAUAUCGUCAGAAUGGAAGAAAAUGGGAAUAUCGUCAGAGUGGAAGACAACGUGAACAUAGUCAGAAUAGAAGAUAACGGGAACAUGUCUCUGCCUCCAGUAAGACUUCCUUCAGCACAUAUGGCACUUCUAGUACUGCUGGCGAGAAGACGGAAACUGAGGAGACAAGAGGCAGCCAGGCAAAAGCGACUGUGGAUUCAUCCAGUAAUCAGAAUGAAGCAAGAGAAGGGUACUUUUGCGAUGCUAUAUGCAGAUCUUCGCAGGUGCCCUGAGAAAUUUCAAGAGUUCAUCCAAAUGUCCACAUCUGCAUUUGAUGGGUUGCUUGAUCUUUUGAGACCCCUGCUUACCAUGCAGCAAACUUUGCUGAGAAGGUGCAUCAGUCCUGAGCAGCGGCUGCUUAUCACUUUGCGGUUUCUGUCGACUGGGGAGACCUAUUCCUCACUCCAUCAGCUGUUCCAUGUGGGAAAAUCUACCAUCUCGGGGAUCAUCAGGACCACUUGUGAUCUGAUCUUUCAGAAUUUGCGGCCUUCUGUGAUGCCUGCUCCUACCGAAGAGACAUGGCUGCAGGUUGCAGAAGGUUUUGAAAGUGCAGCCUCUUUUCCCAACUGCAUAGGUGCAGUUGAUGGAAAACAUUUGCGGGUGCACCAACCACCACACUCUGGAUCCAAAAGCUUCAAUAAUAAGAAGUUUUUUUCAGUGGUUUUGAUGGGGGUGGUAGAUACAAAGUAUAAAUUUCUUGCAAUAGAUGUUGGUGCCUAUGAUGGCUCUGGAGAUGCCAGAGUAAUGGAGGCAUCACAGAUUAAGCAGAAAAUGCUGCAUGAUGAAAAUACUCUGCCAGCCCCAAGGCCGCUUCCAGGUACGACAAGGCCAUUGCCAUUUGUCAUGGUUUCAGAUGAGGCCGUCAAUGUGACACCCUGCCAGCUGCGCCCAUUCCCAAGAAAAGGACUGGACACUCGAAGGAGGGUCUUUAAUUAUCGCCUAAGCCGAGCACGGAGGUACAUUGAGUGUACCUUUGGGAUAUUGACUAAAAAAUGGAAGAUUGUUAGCUCUUCCAUACAACUGGAUGUUGCCACAGUUGAUGCAGUUGUCAAGGCAUGCUGUAUACUGCAUAACUAUGUUAUAGACCAUGAUGGUCCUGACAAGGAUGCGGAGGCCACUGUGCCUUCUCUUGCCACUGCAAUCAACUGGCAGACAUCUAAGCCUGACGAAUCUGAAUUAGAGUUAAAGGAUCUCUUUGCUGAUUAUUUUAUGACUCCGGAAGGAUCCGUGCCCUGGCAAAUGGCUUGUGUUAGUGGGACCACUUAACCGGUAAUGGUGCACCUCAUUUUAGUGUUACUUUUAUGUGUAUUGUGAUGCCUUAACCCAGUGUUUUCUGCUAUGUCGGGCAAGCUGUAUUUCAUUUGCCAGUUUGUGUACAUAUAUUAUGCAACUAUGUGCUUCUCUUGUGUUUAAAGGGGUUUGUUACUGAUGACCUAUCCAUUGGUAUCUGAUUUGUUGGGGGUCCGACACCCAGGACCCCUGCCGAUCAGCUGUUUGAGAAGGAACCAGCUUCUCUCAGCUCGCCAAGCACAGCACCUUACAUGGUACAGUUUCAUUGGGGCUGAGCUGUGCGUAGUCCACGUGGUGAACGAACGUGGCUUAGACAAAGCUGGAGAAGGGUGCGGUUCUACUGUGAGUGCCACUGCCUUCUAAAACAGCAGAUCAGCAGGGGUUCUGGGUGUUGGACCCCCACUGAUCAUAUACUGAUGACCUAAAAACAAACAAACUCAGAAAACCCCUUUUAAAGCGAAAAUAUACCAAGGAAUCAUGUGAAACGUACCAAUGUAUAGAGAACUUUGCCAUGAGACUAUAAUCAAAUAGAUGAGCUAUUGCUCUCAAACCA